CGCCGAUACAAGACGCUGAUGAUAUGAUGGCGGAAUACACAGAUCACGACGGUGGGGCAGGAGCCAAGGUGCCAGCUCUUUCAGACAGUGAUGACGACGACGAACAGUGGCAGUGGUUGGAGGACGCAAACGAAAAUAACUUAAAAGUUACUUGCUUGUUCUGUGACUGGAUAUUACAUGAUGUAUCAGAAUCAUUACAACACUGCCUUAUACUGCAUCAAGUUGACCUUGUAGAAUUAGUUUGCAAACACAAAUUAGAUGACUAUGGCUACAUCAAGAUGAUUAACUACAUACGGAGAGUGAAGUGCAGUGGGCAGAGUCUUUCUGAGCUGUCUGAGGGUUCGCUUCCCUGGGAGAGUGAUGUGUUCUUGAGGCCAGCUUUACAGGAUGACCCCUUACUGCAGAUUGAUCUGGAAGAGCUCUGUGAGGAGAUGGGGACUUUAGCCAGCCCUUCAACUGUGCGCAAGUGUGGCGCCAACGACUCUGUGGGUAUGCUUCAGAGGGCCCAGGCUGCAGAAGAGCGGGCCCAGCACUCAGAAGAGGCCCUAGCCAGAGCCAUGGAUGAUCUGCACAAACUCAAGUUGCUGGCCCAGGGUUUAGUAUUGAAUGCAGAUGUGGGUCGGUGCACUGGGACCUUGGGGGCUGUUACUGACCUCCGGGAGGACGAGGACGAGGCCUACUUCAGCUCCUACAGCCACUACAGCAUCCAUGAGGAGAUGCUUAAGGAUAAAGUGCGCACAGAGAGCUACAGGGACUUCAUGUACCUCAAUCCAGAAGUGUUCAAGGACAAGGUGGUUCUAGAUGUUGGCUGUGGGACUGGAAUCUUGUCCAUGUUUGCCGCCAGAGCGGGAGCCAAGCUGGUAAUUGGCGUAGACCAAUCGGAAAUCAUCUACCAGUCCAUGGACAUCGUCAGGUCAAACCAGUUGGAGGGCAUUGUCACUCUAAUCAAGGGCAAGAUAGAGGAGGUCAAACUGCCCAUUGAGAAGGUGGACAUCAUCAUCUCAGAAUGGAUGGGUUACUUCCUACUGUUUGAGUCAAUGCUGGACUCUGUUCUCUAUGCCAGAGACCUCUACCUGGCUGAAGGGGGCUCAGUGUACCCGGAUCGCUGCACCAUCAGUUUGAUUGCGGUGGGCGACACGGAAAAGCAUCAGAGCCGCAUUGCGUUCUGGGACAACGUGUAUGGGUUCAAGAUGGAGUGCAUGAAAAAGGCGGUGGUGCCAGAGGCCGUGGUGGAGGUCCUCAAACGAGAGACACUCAUCUCUGAGCCUGCAGUCAUACAGGCUAUUGAUUGUAACGCAGUAUCUCUCUCAGAGCUGGAGUUUGCAUCAGACUUCUGCCUAAAGAUAACGGACAGCACAGACUGCACGGCUAUCGCUGGCUACUUUGACAUUUUCUUUGACAGAGACUGCAGCAACAAGGUGAUGUUCUCCACGGGGGCACAUGUUGACCAGACCCACUGGAAACAGACAGUGUUUCUGCUCGAGAGACCCAUCCCUGUACAAGCAGGGGAGGAGCUUCAGGGACGAAUCACCGUACGCAAAAACAGGAAGGACCCCCGUUCGCUGUUCAUUACAUUUGACCUCCAAGACAAGAAGCAGACAUACACUCUGCAAUGAUCUCACUGAUCCCAAUAUGACGGUGGCAUCAUCAAUAUGAACUAAAAUAUUCUUCUGACUUUGCCAAAAACAAAAUGUUAUUUUGUUUUUUUGUGUGUUGGUUUAAGGAAUCCAAAACAACGUAUAUUCAUAUGCAGCAUUCAAAUGUAUAAAUAUGUGGGAAUCAUUUAAACAUCUUGGGAAUUGACUGCCUAGUGAGACAAACUGUUCACACUGCAUUCUGUUAAAAUUGCUUUUUUUUUAAAUAUAUAUAGACCAAAAUAAAACCCACAAAAUUAUGCAGAAAUUAGGUGUGUGUUUUGUUUAGUGUCUAUGAAUUAAAACAAGUCUGAAGUUA